GCUUCGCUCAAGUUUUGACCGUUGCUUUUCUCAACGUCUCUCUGAAGUCUGAACUCUGAUCAGCUCCAUCUUCUUCCCGCCCACGAUAACCAGUUUCUGUGAAUCCCAUUGCUUCUGAAGCUGGAUAUGAAGUUUUGAAGCCAUUGCUUUGCACAAGAGGAAAUUGAACAGAAGAGUCAAAAGAAUCUCCACCACUUUUUCUUGAUACUCUCAAUAUCCUUAUGAAUUUGGUUGAAAGUACAUGGUCUUCUCCCUAUAAUUUCGGCUUCGAUCUGAGAUUGAAAAAUUCGUAGAGAGAGAAGGCUAGCAAAAGAGCAAGAUGGGAUGCUCUUCUUCAAGGCUGGACAAUGAAGAGGCCGUCCAGCUUUGUAAGGACAGGAAGAGAUUUAUUAAACAGGCUGUUGAGCAGAGAAUCAGAUUUGCUUAUGGGCAUGUUGCUUAUAUACAGUCCUUGAAACGGGUCUCUGCUGCGCUUCGUGAUUAUGUUGAGGGAGAUGAGCCCCGUGAGUUUUUCUUGGAUUCAUACACCACACCACCUUUCACUCCCAUAAAGAAAAUUGGUCCAAAUAUCAUCUCAAUUUCAUCAAAAUCCUUCUCCACACCAUCACUUCAAUCCGAGACCAAUUCAUCUUUCAAGGUGAAUUACCUGAGGUCGGGUGGAAAUCCAUCAGUUUCUGUUGAGGAGAGGCCUCACUCCCCAGAGACUGUGAGAGUUGAAUCAUACUCAUCAAUGCACCAUUUUGGGAUUGAUGGAUUCUUCGCAAUGCAGUCUUCACCCAUGAAUUCAUCCUUCUUCUCUUCAUCUCCAAAUAAUAGGCCUAGUUAUCCUCCCCCAUCGCCCCAGACUUCCCAAUGGGACUUCUUUUGGAAUCCAUUUUCUUCAUUGGAAACAUAUGGGUAUCCCACCCGGAGUAGUAUCGAUCACACUAUAAUGGAUGAUGAGAUCACAGGCUUAAGGCAAGUCAGAGAAGAAGAAGGGAUUCCUGAUUUGGAAGAAGUGGAUAGAGAAGAAGAAGAAGAAGAAGAAGAAGAAGAAGAAGAAGAAGAAGGAAAGGAAGAUCAGAGGGUAGAAAUGAAGGAGGAAAGAACUAAAAUUGACUUGAAUUGUGAUAGGGAAGCAGUAAUCGUGGAAGACGCUUCUGAAACUGAAAGUGAAACUGAUACCGAGCAUGAAGUUAAAGGACUACAGUUUCAUGGUACCGAGGGCAUUGAAGUAUCAGAAUCACAAAAUGCAGUAGAACUUGAAGUGAGUACACAAGAGACAGCAAUUGUUGAUCAAGAACCCAAGGAAGAAACACCUGGGUUUACAGUCUAUGUAAACCAAAGACCAACUAGCAUGGCAGAAGUCAUCAAGGGCCUAGAGACUCAGUUCAUGAUAGUUUGUAAUUCAGCUAAAGAGAUCUCAACCAUGCUGGAGGCUAGCAAAGCUCAGUAUGCCACACCUUCACAUGAACUCACAGCUGCCAAAAUUCUAAAUCCGGUUGCAUUAUUCCGUUCAGCCUCAUCGCGUUCAUCCUCAUCAAGAUUUCUCAACAAUUCUUCUAGUUCCAGGGAUGAAGCUUAUGACAGCAGCAGUGACUUCUCUGAGGAAUCGUGUAUGUUCUCAGGGAGUCACCAAUCAACUCUAGACAGAUUAUAUUCUUGGGAGAAGAAGCUCUACGAGGAAGUCAAGUCUGGUGAACGGAUUCGCAUCGCCUAUGAGAAGAAGUGCAUGCAACUUAGGAACCAGGAUGUGAAAGGAGAGGACCCUUCUGUAGUGGAUAAAACAAGAGCAGCUAUUAGAGACUUGCAUACACAGAUCAAGGUCUCAAUACACUCUGUUGAAGCAGUUUCAAAAAGAAUUGAAACUUUAAGGGAUGAAGAAUUGCAGCCACAGCUACUGGAACUGAUACAAGGGUUGGCGAGGAUGUGGAAAGUGAUGGCAGAGUGUCACCGCACCCAGAAGCGCACAAUAGACGAAGCCAAGCUCCUACUGGCCGGUACUCCACCAAAACUGGCGAAGCCGAAACACACCGAAAUGGCACCGAGUGAACCACACAGGCUGGCUAGAUCAGCAGCCAAUCUUGAGACAGAGCUCCGGAAUUGGCGAGCCUGUUUCGAGUCAUGGAUCGCAUCUCAGCGAUCCUAUGUGCGUGCACUCACCGGGUGGCUCCUCCGGUGCGUCCGGUCUGAGCCCGAGACGUCGAAGUUUCCCUUCUCUCCUCGCCGCUCCGGUGGGGCUCCUCCCAUAUUUGGAAUUUGCAUUCAAUGGUCCAGAUUCCUUGAUUCCAUCCGAGAGGUCCCUGUGAUCGAUGGGCUGGAUUUCUUUGCAGCAGGGGUGGGGUCGGUCUACACACAGCAGCUAAGGGAAGAUUCUCGCCGAACCACAACGGGGUCUAAGCGAUUUUCUGGUGGGAAUUUGGAGGUGGUGGAGAUGGGGCGUUUGGAGGAGAAUUUGCAUUCAAUGACAGCAGAGAAGAUGGCUGAGGUUGCCAUCAGAGUUCUCUGUGCUGGGAUGUCAGUUGCCAUGAGCUCUCUGUCAGAGUUUGCCGUUAGCUCGGCAGAGGGUUAUGCCGAUCUGGUUAAGCAAUGGGAGAAUGUUGCAUGUCCGAGUCAGGCCGGGAGAGCGGAAGUUUAGAUUCUGGUUGUCGAGUUCUGUAGGAAAAUGGGGUGUAAAUGUAAUAGAAGGAUGACCUAUUAUCAUAACUUCUUUUUCUCCUCCAGUUACUUAAACAAUUCAACCAUGGAGGAUUGAACUGAGAAAGAAAAUGGGGAGUGCUGAAAUUCCACAACAAGCACUUCAUUUCUAAUUUCACAGUUGAAUUCCCAGCUUUGUAUAGAGAGAUGUGAAUAAUGGUUCUAAAGUUUCUUUGCUUAUAAAAGUUGGAACUUCAUUCAA